GCAUUUUAAACCAGAACUCCCAAAACCGAGGCCAAACAAACUGGACCUUCGUUCUUUCCUUAGACGGGAUGGAGAGAAGAACAGAGGCUUCGAUUCAGCGAAAAAUGGAGGAGCUGAGGCUCGUCUGCGAUCGAGAGAUCGCGGUUCAAAAUCAGCGAGUGAGCUCUGCUGCUGAUUCCUUUCGAAAGUCUCGUGAAUCGGUCAAGCUCAAGGCUGAAGAAACUGCCGAAAAUCAAGUGAAACUGGGAAAGCUUAAAGCUCACCUAAGGGAACUGGAGGAUGUUUUGUUUAAAGCUCUUGCAGUGAAGAACCGUAAGGAGGCCAAGCGAAUGAGUAUAGUUGAUUCCAUUGCAGCAGCAAAAACUAGAAUAAAAGAGCUUAGAGAAAAUUUGCAAGAUCAACGGGCCAAGAAGGAUGAAUAUGCAGGAACAAUUUCUCGGCAAUCACUUGAUUUGGGAGCACCGCUAGGAAAAGGUGAUCAGGAAAUGAGAAACAGAGAUGUAGAAGAGACCAUUUCAUGGUACAAUAGGGCACUUGGCUUUCGGAUCGAAGGAGGUCAUGGGGUCAAGUUUAUAUUCAAUCAAAUUAACUUGAAAAAUCCAAAUGAGGAGUACUCUUUCACUGUGAGGCAUGCAAAUGAUAUCUAUACAUUGUUGGAUUGCAACCCUUACUUGGAUGACAUCAAGGAGUUGAUCCAAGAAUUGAACCAAACUAAUGGCUUGUUCAACUUUGUGAGUAUUAUGAGAGAGAAGUUUCAAGCAGCUGCAUCCAUAGGAAUUGUUCCUCAAGCCACAUCUUACCCAGACUCGACAACAAUAUCUAGAUCAGCUCCAGCUGCAUCAGUUUCGGUUGACAGCACAAGUGAUUCUUCAGAAAAUGAAAAUGGACUUCAAAGUCAAUCAGGAGAAACUCGUAGACCUCCAAGAAAAGUUAAUCAUGGGCGAAUGAGUAAAUCAAAGGUUCUCUCUUCUACAUCUGCAGCAUCUAUUCGCCGGUCCCCUCGUUUCAAGGUCAAGAAAUAAAUGUUCAGAAAGGCCUCAUUGUCACGCCGGAUGAAAUCCUUCAUGCUUUUUCACAUGCCUUUAGCCUCAGCUCUAGCCACCAUGGAUGACCCCCUGAUGGUACUUUAAGAGGACACUUCGUAACUAUUGUUGGGUUGUAAAUGGGUGAAGCAGAUUUCGGCAAGCCUGAAGGCUCCGAACCCUGUAUUGCCCACUCGACAAGCAUCUCAAGCUUUGAGUACCAGAAAAAGAAGCAAAAUCUCAAGCCAAAACAUCAGUGUUUAGUGUAUAUCUCGUCAAUGCUUUUUGUGAUGAAUGUAAGGUUGCUGAUUUCGAUGCUAUAGUUUAAUAUAUUCUGAUUAUUUUGUUGGGAUUUAUUUUGCUCCGGGAUUGAUUCGUGCUUUUUUAAAUAAUAAAAGGGGGUGGGGGAUGAAUACUCCCUGCUUGUGUAGUC